CGAUUUUACAACCAACACCAACAUACAACAGAGCACGAUAGCAAUUGAAAAGAGUUUGUUCGAGAAUUCUAAUAAGAAAAUGUCUUUGCUCUCGCUCUUCCUCUUGGGCAUGUUCCUCAGUUCUGUCCAUGCCGCUAAUUUUGAGGUUGUCAACCGAUGCACCUACACAGUAUGGGCAGCUGCUUCACCCGGUGGCGGCAAGCGCCUUGACCAGGGCCAGACUUGGUCCUUCAACGUGAACCCCGGCACGACCAUGGCACGCAUUUGGGGCCGCACCAAUUGCAACUUUGAUGCCAAUGGCCAGGGUCGCUGCGAGACCGGGGACUGCACUGGGGGAUUGAACUGCCAGGGCUGGGGCACGCCACCCAACACCCUUGCAGAGUAUACGCUGACCGGCCAGAACAACGUAGACACCAUCGAUAUAUCACUUGUUGAUGGUUUCAACAUCCCGUUAGAUUUCAGCCCCACUACCAAUGCCUGCCGUGGAAUCCGGUGCUCUGCGGAUAUCAAUGGCCAAUGCCCUUCGGAGUUAAAGGCUCCCGGUGGCUGCAACAACCCAUGCACCGUCUUCAAGACAAACGAGUACUGCUGCACUAACGGGCAGGGAAGCUGUGGCCCAACCACUUUCUCCAAGUUCUUCAAGGACAGGUGCCCCGAUGCAUACAGCUACCCGCAGGAUGAUCCGAGCAGCACGUUCACCUGCCCUGUCGGCACAAACUAUAGGGUUACAUUUUGCCCGUAAUAAACCAUAGAAACUCUACGUUCCUCUUUCAACUCUCUUAGGUGUUCGGUUGUGAGAGUAGAGAUCGGAUUUUUAGAAUAAUAAUAAUAAUAAUAUAUGAAAUAAAGCACCGGAUAUGUAAUAGUGAAUCAGGUCUCAAUCCCAGUACAUGCCAUAUUCCACUACAUGUAUGAAAGAUAUGGGCUAUUUCUGAUGUAAUAAUAAAGUCGAAUUUCUCUCCAGGUUAGUCCAAGCAGAUCAUCUCUAAUGAGAAUUACAAUCC